AUGUCCUUGUCCGGUCCUCCUGCGCCUAAACGUCCGAGAACAGAAGAGGAUACGAUAGUCCGCUCUGAAAUCUGGUAUAAGGAUGGGAGUAUUGUUCUCCAAGCUGGAAACACCCAGUUCCGUGUGCAUUUCGGUCUCCUUGCAGCGCACUCCACAGUGUUUAGUGACAUGUAUGAGAUGCCCCAGCCAGAAGCACAAGCGACGAUGGUGGAUGGAUGUCCUCUUGUGGAGGUCCAGGACGAUCCUGAAGACGUCAAGAACUUACUCCUAGUUCUGUACACCCCCACGCUGCUGUCGCAGACGCCCGUGGCCUUCUGCAUCGUCACCGCGCUCGUCCGGCUGGGCUCGAAAUACGACUUCCGUGAGCUCCUGACUGCUGCUAUCCAGCGCCUGCAUCUCCAGUUCCCGUCGACUCUGGAGGAGUUUUCGACGUACGUGCCUCAACUUCCACAGUUGUGUCCAGGAGCGCCUCAAGAAACUGCGGAGCUGCGCCAGCCACGACCACUGCUGCUAUCUUCUCGCGUCAUUCAGCGCCGACCAAUCCAAAUCGCUUGUCGCCCGGCAGUGUCCUUCAUGCCAGAAGCAGAUCGGAGACUUGAUCGUGGCGGGUAA